AAUAAUUCGAAACUACUAUUCAGGACGAAACCGGACUGUAAAAGUUACACAACAAACAGAUUUGCAGCUGAGAUUCAGAUAUUUAUGUGAUCUUUUGUAAAAGCAAGAUUGCAUGUUUGCCUGGAAGUAUGGCUCCGGUUGUAUCUCUUGUCCAGGGAGCUAGUCGAGGAAUAGGGCUUCAGUUUUGUAAGACCAUACUUCAGCGUCACCCAAGCAGUGUUGUCAUAGCAACAUGUCGUCAACCAAACAAUUCCUCAGGACUUCAGGAACUGAAAGCCCAGAAUCCAGACAGAUUAGAUCUGUGUGUGCUAGAUGUCACCAAAGAUGAACAAAUCGAAAAUGUGGCAAAGUUCACCAAAGAAAAAUAUGGAAUGUUAGACUUGCUCAUCAACAAUGCUGGGAUGCUUCAUACUUCUGGUAAAGGGGAAACAAGUUUAAGGGACGUCUCCCGGAAGGGUCUCCUGGAAACCUUUGAUGCAAAUACCGUUGGGCCACUAUUGAUGGCAAAAAGUUUUGGCCCACUCCUCAAAUCUGGGACAGGUUAUUUUGGAAUGAAGUCAGCCGAUUCUAAGAAGCAGCACGCCUCAAUUCUAGUCAACAUGUCUGCCAAAGUUGGAUCCAUCACUGACAAUCAGCUUGGUGGAUGGUACAGUUAUCGCUUGUCCAAAGCGGCCCUGAACAUGUGCAGUAAGAACCUCAGUCUAGAACUAGGUCGUGGCAGUAAACCUGUGUUAUGUGUUUCGUUACAUCCUGGGACUGUUGACACGGAUCUGUCACGACCUUACCACAAAAACGUGCCGAAACUGUUCACCACAGAGUACAGCGUCGACUGUCUGCUGGACGUUGUGGAAAGUCUAACAAUUUCAGACACUGGAAAGUUUUUCCUCUAUGAUAGAACUGUCUUUCCUUUUUAGGUUGAAAAUAUUGCCUAAUCCGAUACCCUGUCGAACACAAUAUAAAAGUCAAUGAAUUAGGCAGGAUACCAGAAUACACAGGUCUUUCAUUUGGUAGUGCUCAAUAGACAUUACAGAAUUAUGUUGGAUUACACAUGGUGUUGUUAUACUCAGGGGUCAGAUUAGACAGAUGUCAGUGUGUAAAAGUAAAAUUUAAUUAUGCGGGCAUGGUUAAUCCUGUGUGGUAGAAGUGUGUUAUUAGACUAGUAAUAAAGCACUUGUUGGGUUAAUUACUGUUAAGCAUGAAUGUGUUAUUUAUGUAUUUAUUCCGUAGUGAUAUUUGGUGAUUUUGGUGCAUUGAUUUCAUUAUGGAAAAUAAAUUGUAAAUUGAAAUAUUUUUUGCUUAGAUUUUUAUACAAUAUAUAUUGGAAUGGUCAUUAUUUAGUGUACCUUUCAUACAUAACAUCAAGAUAUAUGUACUAUGAUAAACCAGCAAUAACUAUUACUGCCAACUGAAGGACUCGCAUGUACAGUGGUCAAUAUUGAGAUGAUGGAAGGAAUGGAACUAAGGCCAAUUAUAAACUGUUCAUCUUGAUCUUUCUAUCAAAAUUUUAACUCACCUGGAACAAAGGACAAGCUAGGCGAAUGCUGUAGCCAAUCGUCUGUCAUCCAUCAGUCAACUUCUCAGUUAAAAUGCUACUUUUCCAGAACAGCAGAGUGAAUGUUGAGUACUUUAUUCUGGAGCAUUGUAGAGCCAAGGGGGACUCAAUGUUGUAUUAACAAAGAAUGUGCCUCCCUCUGACUGGCUUUGGCAUUUGUUACUUUUUCUGAAGAACUACUGAAGCAACAAGGCAAUCCAUAGUCCCCCACCGGUAGUGAUUUCUAUAUUCAACAAACAGUACACUUAUGUCAGGAUGUACCUACUGUUAGGAAAGUAUCCCAAUACCUAAUGCAACAUUAAAGGCAUAUCGUUGUAAUGGUAAAAUUAAUUUUUGCCAACAAAAGAAAUUUGCAGUAUGGUUGUAUAAAGAAUCAAGAGCGAUACAUUCUGAUGGCUUAGUUUGGGAAAUGAAAAAGAAAAAGUGAAGAAAAUUGUUUUAAAUCAAUGAUAUUUCCACCA